AUGUUUAAAAAGAAAACCAAAAUGAUCCAACUUUUAAUAGCCGGCUCCUUUGGUUUUAUUACUUAGCCGGGGCUCGAUGACUUGCCGUCGAGACUCUCGUGGGAAGUGAUAUGGUUCGUUGAAAUAAUAUUAGAAGUUUUUGAUUCUGGUUUUUUUAGUCAAAUUUUGUUGUUGUCAUCUGCACGAUGCCGUCUGAUAUUAUGGAACAGAGAGGUGUUUCAACACCUUCCCACUUUCAUGAAGAUAUUCAUAUUACUUCAGAGAGGCAAUUUGGGUUUAUGAAAACAGACCUGAUGCCUGAAAACCAAGGUGGUCGUGAUAGACUUUCAAGUAUGCCAAAGAGUUCCUGGACACCUGACAGUUACCAGCUGAAGCCACAAUCUAGUUUUUCUGGGUCACACCCCUCUGUUAGCCCUAACGCAAGAAACGCUACAAAUGGUAGUCAGUGGGAAAGCAGUUUAUUUUCCAGCUCAAUGUCUGAUUUGUUUAGUAGAAAACUGCGGCUACAAGGAAGUGAUAUGCUAUCCACUAUGUCCGCAAACACAGUUGUUACCCACCGUGAAGAAGAACCGUCUGAAUCUUUAGAAGAGAUUGAGGCACAAACUAUUGGAAAUCUUCUCCCAGAUGAAGAUGAUCUUUUUGCGGAAGUGACGGGUGAGGUUGGGCGUAAAUCUCGUGCUAAUACUGGAGAUGAUUUGGAUGAGUUUGACCUCUUCAGCAGUGUUGGUGGCAUGGAACUAGAUGGAGAUGUUUUUUCUUCUGUGAGUCAUAGAAAUGGUGAGAGAGGUGGCAAUAAUUCUGUUGGCGAACUUCAUCGUGGGGAAAUUCCAUCCAGAACACUUUUGGUCGGAAAUAUCAGUAGCAAUAUCGAAGACUAUGAGCUGAGGGUUCUUUUUGAGCAAUUUGGAGAAAUCCAGGCUCUUCAUACAGCUUGCAAAAAUCGUGGCUUUAUCAUGGUGUCGUACUAUGAUAUAAGGGCUGCUCAGAAUGCGGCGAGAGCACUCCAGAAUAAGCUGUUAAGAGGAACAAAACUUGACAUUCGUUAUUCUAUCUCUAAGGAAAAUCCUUUAGAAAAAGAUACAUGUAAAGGAGCCUUGUUGGUUAAUAAUCUCGAUUCUUCUAUUUCGAAUCAAGAGCUCAAUCGCCUGGUCAAAUCAUAUGGAGAGAUCAAAGAGAUCCGUAGAACCAUGCAUGAUAACCCACAGAUAUACAUAGAGUUCUUUGACGUUCGAGCUGCAGCAGCUGCUCUUGGUGGACUAAAUGGACUUGAGGUUGCCGGGAAGAAGCUUCAACUUGUGCCGACCUGUCCAGAGGGUACAAGAUACACAUCACAGUGUGCUGCACAUGAUACUGAAGGGUGUCUACCUAAAACGUCUUAUAGUAAUACAUCAUCGGGACACAUAGGUAGACAUUUCCCAGGAAUGAUGUCUUCAACCUCCAAUGAUGGUGGAUCUAUGCGGGUUAUACAUAAUUCUGUCGGAUCUCCUGUGAAUUCCUUCAUUGAACGGCAUCGGAGUCUCAGCAUUCCUAUUGGAUUCCCACCCUCAGCAAACGCCAUCUCAGCCAGCAAGCCUGUAGGACUUCAGGAGCAUGGCCACCAUUUUGAUAAUUCAAAUAUGGGGAUCCAAAGCAUGCCAAAUCUCCAUCCUCAUUCUUUUUCAGAUUACGUGGACAACUUUGCAAAUGGUAGUCCAUAUAAGUCCUCUGCAUUUUCUGAAAUGGUCAAUGAUGGCUCAAAAGCAAAUGAAAGCUUUAUGAUACAUAAUGUACGUGGAGUGGAUGGCUUUAGUGGAGGGGGUAUAGGAUCUCCCAUGCAUCAAAGCUCCCGCCGCCCUAACCUUAAUUUAUGGAGCAACUCUAACACUCAGCAACAGAAUCCGUCAAAUGGCAUGAUGUGGCCUAACUCGCCAUCUCACAUCAACAGCAUUCCUACUCAGCGCCCACCUGUUACUGUAUUCUCUAGAGCACCUCCUAUAAUGGUGAAUAUGGCAUCUUCCCCUGUGCACCACCACAUUGGAUCUGCGCCGGUAUUAAACUCGCCUUUCUGGGACAGAAGACAAGCCUAUGUAGCUGAAUCUCUAGAAUCAUCUGGCUUCCACAUAGGUUCUCAUGGUAGCAUGGGGCUUCCUGGCUCUUCACCCUCACAUCCAAUGGACAUUGGUUCUCAUAAGACUUUCUCUGUUGGUGGGAAUCGUAUGGAUGUAACUUCCCAAAAUGCUGUACUGCGAUCUCCUCAGCAGUUGUCUCAUCUCUUUCCUGGAAGGAGUCCAAUGGGUUCGAUGCCAGGGUCGUUUGACUCGCCAAAUGAAAGAUACAGGAAUCUCUCUCACCGUAGAAGCGAAUCUAGCUCUAGCAAUGCUGACAAGAAACUGUAUGAGCUUGACGUUGACCGUAUAUUACGUGGGGAUGACAGGAGGACAACUUUGAUGAUUAAAAACAUUCCUAACAAGUACACUUCUAAGAUGCUUCUAUCUGCUAUUGACGAGCACUGUAAAGGAACUUAUGAUUUCCUUUAUUUGCCAAUUGACUUCAAGAACAAAUGCAAUGUGGGAUAUGCUUUCAUCAAUCUUAUUGAACCUGAAAAGAUUGUCCCAUUUUUUAAGGCAUUUAAUGGCAAAAAGUGGGAAAAGUUCAAUAGCGAGAAGGUGGCAACGCUUACGUAUGCUCGUAUCCAAGGGAAAACAGCUCUUAUUGCCCAUUUCCAGAAUUCAAGCUUAAUGAACGAAGACAAACGUUGCAGACCUAUUCUCUUCCACACUGACGGUCCAAAUGCUGGUGAUCAGGAACCAUUUCCAAUGGGAAGCAACAUACGAUCAAGACCAGGAAAGCCACGAAGCAGUAGCAUUGAUAACUACAACAGCUUUAGCAUCUCUUCCGUUUCUGAAAACCGAGAAGAACCUCCUAAUGGAACUGAUCCGUUCUUGAAGGAGAACUAACCAAUGAGCAAAACAAAACAAAAAGGAGACCUGAAGAUAACAAGAAGUGAAGAAUUUUUUUGGAGAGAUGAAAAACUUUGUUGACGACAAACCUUUUACCCAGGUUGUUGUUGCUUCACCAGUUUUGUUGUAUUAUCAAAAUCCCCUGAGAAAUAUUGCAGGUUUUUUUUCUUUUUUUUUUUGGGUUUUUGGGUUUACAUUCAAGGAUUUUUGGUUCUUGCUAUCAAUGUAUAACAGCCUUGGAUUACACUCAUCUUCUCUGCUGGCUAUUUGUGGCCAUUCCAUGUUGUAUGCUUCUUUUCUUUUGGAUAUAUAAAAUAUUAUUUUUUCC